AUGGCUACCAGAAGCAUCUUUGCCCUCGCGGCCGCUGUGGCCGCCGUCCAGGCCGCCAGUGAUGUGCCCACUGUCGCGAUACCGCUAGUGCUGCGGUACGCCCAGGGCAAGCGCGUGGCCACCGACAUUGUCUUGCCAUACGCGACAAUCGAGGCCGUCUACGACCUGGGCAGCCCCGACUUCAUCAUGUUUGAGGACAACUCGACCAUGAACUGGGGCUGCCAGUACCUGGGCUGCCAGGGAAAAUGCAAUGCCUCGGUGCCCGACACCAUCAGCUACAACCCGGACCUCUCCACCACCAAGACGGAUGAGGCUCCCUGGAACGGCGUCUACGGCUACGGCGGCGGCCUCACCAAGAUGUACACCUCGGACAAGACCAUCAAUGACACCUUCACCUUCUCGAAUGCCGUCGGGCCCACGCUCGAAGUGCCCAAUGUGAAGGUUGCACUUGUGCAGUACCUGCAGCAGCGCAUCUACGACGCCAACGGCACCUGCAGCCCCGUGCCCACAUACUCGCAGUCCAUCCUCGGCAUCUCGCCGCAUGUCGAGAACUCGGUAACAGGCCCUUCGUUCCGCCAGAACCUGCUCGACUCGGGGGCCAUCUCCGCCGCCGUGCAGAGCCUGUGGUUUGACAAGCCGCCCUCGGACAACAUCACCUCGGGCGAGCCCUGGAUCGGCACGGGCCUCCUCGGCGGCAUCGACACCUCCAAGUACACCGGACCGCUCGUCCGCAUCCAGCGCUCGUUCCUCGAGUACUCGCAGGACCAGUACUACACCUCGGCGGCCAACAUGACCUUCUUCGGCGGCGGCGGCGUCCCCGGCGUGGCCCUGCCCAACAACUACUCGAUCGAGCUCACGGGCGUCAACAUGACCGAGUGCCUGAUCGACUCGGGCGCCGGCUCCGAGAGCUUCUUCCCCGCCGACGAGGCGGCCUGGCUCACCGCGACGGGCCUGCGCUGGAACCCGGACCGCACGCAGCCCGGCUCGGACCUCGCGUUCCCGGGCCCCUGCGACACCAUCCCCGAGGACAGCUACUUCGAGUACAGCUUCGUGGGCGCGCGCGAGGGCGAGAGCGUGACCGUCAAGAUCCCCCUGCGCAACUACCACCGCUACCAGGACCCGCUGGACGAGCAGCGCGGCUGGUGCACCGUGGCGAUCUACCUCCGGGGCUGCGGUCUCAGCAGGACAUUCAACACGGCCGUCUACUUUGCCGCCGACGACGAGCGCUUCGAGAUUGCCAUCGCGCAGGGCGGCAUCUCGGAGGUGGGCAGCGGCGUCGACCAGGACAGCGUCGUGCUCAGGAUCCCCUGA